AUGUCAGCUGGAGCCAACAUUGCUACUUCAUUGGAAUCUGGCAAGCCGCGUAUUAAGACAACUUUUGACUCACUGCUCCCUCGGACGCAUUCGGAGUGCGACGACGAAAUUGCCUUGUCCCCGGAAAAGCAAACAACACUUAUUGAGGACCCCGGUGGUCGUAUGAAAUUUUUAGCCAAGAGGACACUUUCCAUAUCUUUAACAAAUUACGUAGCACCAGGAAACGAACGUGGUUGGUCUUGUAUUGGAGGCUAA